AUGCCAAAGCGAUAUUGGGCUACGUCUGACGACGGACACGGCGAUGAGUCCCUCCUCCCGCCUGCAGCCUCUUCGUCAAAGCGAGCUGCUCACCAGCAUGCUGAAGAUAGCCACGGAGCUGGACUCAGGCCAUACAGGGUGGGUGCAGAUGGAGUUCCUGUUCCUAUGGCCCCUUCCGCGGAAGGAGAAGCUGCCGAGCUUAAGCUCCUCUAUGAGGAAGAAGAAACAAGCAAGGAGAAGCGAAGCCAUGUCGUGGUUGGACACUUACUUGACGAUGGCAGAAUCGUACGCAUCAAGACUCUUGCCGGCUGGCCCGAGAGCCAGUAUACUCCGGAAGAGGAGGCUGAAUUGGCUGCCCAGGCUGCCGAGGCUGCUGCAGCUGCUAGAAGGGAGGCUCAACGUCUGUCGGGUGACAGGAAAGGCGAUCCAACGCGCGAGGUACGCCACUAUGUCUGGACCCACCCGGACGUAUGGCAGCCCAACGCGAUGGUAGACUCUCUGCACUAUCCCGACGUUGUCACAAGGGGACCCAACGUCAAGCAACGCAAGCUGGUCUUCCGGACUCAGGUUCACCUUCGCCUCACUGCAAUGAGGAAGGAGCACAAUACCAACGAUCGACCCUGCCAGAAGUGUUUCGAUCUCAAGAUCACUUGCUUGGGUCCUGACGAGAACUUCAAGACCUCUGACCAGAAUAAGUGCGCCAACUGCCGCUGCUUGGAGCAUGUUUGCCAGCAGUUCACAGACGAAGAGUGGGACAAGAUUGGCAAUUCUUACGAUCCUCGUCGCGACCUGGACCUGCCAGACUGGGACCCUGACUAUGCCAAUGCAAGGUCGGCCAAUACGCUGAGCCGUUUCAAGCACAUGGACACUGACAAGUCUUUCAACACGAGCAGGUUUAUCAAGUACCUGGCAGAGGCAAUGCGACUCCCAACGGAGAGGGUCGGAAGCGUAUGGGAGGGGGUUGUAUCCGCACUCGGUCCUGAUUACAAAGUCGAACCGGAUGACGAGAUGGCCCCAGCCCAGUUUGAUGCAUGCUUCGUUUGCCUGUACGAUCGCACACGUCGCAGAGACCGCAAACCCGAAUCAAAAAAUCGAGUCUUCCGAUGGGAUUGUGAUUGUGAUUGUGGCUGCAACCGCUCGGGUGGACGACAUUAUCCGAAGCAUCGGGACGUAGACAAAGUUGCGUCUGAGCCUACACAGCCGACACGAGAUGCAAGGAGUCUGAUUGGGGCUGCGGUAAAAGAGCGCCGCGGCAUCCUGGUUCAUGUACGCAAUGCCGCCGAUAAGCAACAGUGUCUUGAGACCCCGCAUCUCGCGCAGAUUCAAAUCGUCAUCAUCCUUGUUUCGUUCUCGCAAUUCGCGGACUCCAUCGACGUGAUUUUCCCCGCAAUCCUCCUUGCAAUCGGCUCAAGCAUACGAAGAGGCGUUGUUUCGACAAAGUGGCGGGUCUUCUUCGAGUUGCUCGGAGCUUCGACUGUCGGCUUUCUGGCGUCGUGCCAUCGGACGGUAUUUGGAUUGCCAUUGUUGUUCGCCCACCCAAUCAUGACUGCAAAGAAUCCGACCAACGUUGGCGACACAGUACAGUGGUCGCGGCGGGGCAAGGCUCACACUGACCGAAGAAGAAAGCGCGAGCUAGCGCAAGUUACGAUACCGCGUUCACUCGUGUGCUCCCAGACCGUUCGCCAAGACUUCCCCUCGGUUGAGCUCUUCCGUACCUACGCUACCACAGCGAGCUUUGGAAUCGAGGACUGCCAGAACGAGAUCGCUGAAUGA